CACAUCUCGCAAAGCAAAGCGUUCCGCCUUGGAUUUUAGCCGUUUCGCCCGUCCCGUGGGGCGGUUGGCCUGUUGCUACCUUGCUAUAAGGGGAAGCCAGCCAGGGCGGUGUGCAGGACGGGGUGCACGGGCGCGGCCCUCAUCCAGCAGGGUGGUACUGGACUGUACACUGUACUGUGGAGUGAGUGCAUCAGCGGUCUCGAGCCACACUGUGAGCCACUGAUUAUAUACCAGGCCACUGAUUGUUACGCUGACACGCAUGCAUCCCGCAUCCCUGCUCCAAGAGAGAUGGGUCUCGCCGGCGGCAUUGUCCGGAGGGUCUUCUCCAAGAGCCCUUGCUCGUCCGCCGGCAGCCGUGGCCACAGUACUGACGCUUGCAUGAGCACGGCCGAUUCGCAGGAGAAGGGGUCUGCUGAACACAGGAGGAGAUGGGGCUCGCUACGGCUGUACCUCUGCGGCGAGGAGAUGAACGCGGCCGCAGAGGAGGAGGAGGACGGGGACGGCGACACGGUGUCCGUCAAGAGCUUCGAGACCUGCUGCGUGAUGCCGGAGGAGGCGCACGUCGUCGUCCCGGUGCAUCAUCGUCUGAUGAGCGCCGCACACGAUGGCAACGACCAGAGCAGGGUCCCUGGUGGUGCCGAUGAAGAGGGAGCGGCGACGCUCAUCCAGUCCGCGUUCAGAGGGUUCAUGUCGAGGAGGCAGCUGCAGGAGGCGAGGGCGAGGACGAGGACGAGGACGCGCGGCCGAGAGCCAGAACCGGACGGCGCCAAGGACCAAGAGCCCAGCAGCCCCACCUGGGGGCCGUCCGUCGCGACGUCGGUGCUGGUCCAGGUAGGCGACGAGUCGUCGUCGCUGGGCAACCUCCGGCUCCGGCUAAGCGAGGAGAGCGCGUCGGUGCAGCAGCAGCGGUCCAGCAGCCAGAGGUCGUCGUCGCGCCCGCCGCCAGCGUUCCGAGUCAAGGAGGAGUGGGACGACAGCACGGUGAGCUCCAACGUGUCCAGGAUGAGGAUCCAGAACAGGAUCGAGGCCACCACGCGGCGCGAGCGAGCGCUCGCCUACGCGUUCUCGCAGCAGCUUCGGAGCUGCGGCGGCGGCACCAGCAAGAAGCGGUCGUCGGCGCGCGCGGAGGGGCAGGGGGAGUUCAACGUGGGGUGGAGCUGGCUGGAGCGGUGGAUGGCGACGCGGCAGGCGGAGCCCGCGGACGACUGCGCGAGCCGCAACGCGGACACGGGCUCCGCCACGGGGCGGCGGGUGGUGGUCGUCAGGAGGCGGAGCGACCUCGCCGUCGAGGAGAAGGAGAGCUGCGCCUCCAACGACGUCUCGGUCGUCAGCUUCGACGCCUCCUCCGGCCUCGCCUGCCAUAGGCCCACGGGCAACAAGAGCCGGCUCAAGGGCGGCCGGAGCUUGCCGCGCCGGAAGCAGGUGGCGGCGUCGGCGUCGGCGUCGGACCACCGCUUCCAGGAAAGAUCACACAAGGUGAGCAAGAAGGGACACCAGCGAGUGGAGCAGGAGCCGCACAAGGACCGAUUCGACGCCGUCGCCGCCCUGGACGACGACGCUUGCCAGCCUCCCACGGAUUACUGAGACGACCUGCUCUGUACAUAGAUUUGGAAGGAUUUGCAGCGCUAGCUGACGAUUUGUUUCGGCUUGCACUAGUCUGAAAGACUGCACGGUUACUGUCUGCUGAGUGACUGUACGUGUCGUGUCGGUCAUGUAAAAGUUCCUCGCUACACGUACGUCGUAUCAAACGUCACUCACUGUAAAACGUCACGGCCACAUACACGAUGACGAGUUCCGGUUCCCUAGACACGGCAAGGAGAAGCAAUCAGUGACAGUAUUUGUGAUAUCAUAUCCAUCCAGGCAUCCAGCUCCGUUUGUUUUGCGUUAGCACCUAAAGUACGACUGCACUGUACCGCCACAACAGUUUACUUAUGGUGUGUUUCGUUUUAAGUCAAUGUAUGAUGAGACAGGAGGACACCGUUCUCUCGAUUUUUUGUAUCACGUCGCUAUCAAAAGUUACUUCGUUGUUCA